UGGGGACAUCCGGGCUCAGACCCCCCCUGGCAAGGUGUGUGACGCCAGAAGCGGAGCUGAGCCUCAUAUUUGGGCACGGAGCAGGUUAUUGGAGCCCGAGGCCUCCCCACAUGGGAGAUAACCCAACUGAUAACGGGCUCAGAAGGUGCUGCUGCCUCCAUUGGCUGCGGCGCUGCCUAUAAAUCACCCAGCCCGACCCAGGAGGCAGAGGGGGGGGUCCUGGUGUGCGAGAUGGUGCCUGUGAGGGUGCUGGGGGCUCUCCUGUGGGUGCAGCUCAGCGUGGGGCAGCCGCGGAGCACCGCAGAGCCCCAGGCUGAGCUGAGCACGGCGCAGGGCCCCGAUGAGCUGCGGCUGGUGGGUGGUGGUGGGCGCUGCGCCGGGAGGGUGGAGGUGAAGCAUGAAGGUGAAUGGGGCUCCGUCUGCAGCUACGACUUCGACUGGGACACCCGCAGGGGCACCGUGGUGUGCCGGCAGCUCGGCUGUGGCACGGCGGCCACGGCGUCCCCGUACGCUCCGUUCGGGCAGGGCACCGGCCGCAUCUGGCUCCACGUUCUCUGCAACGGCAACGAGGCAACGCUGCAGGAUUGUCUCAGUUUCGGAUGGGGCCAGCACUUCUGCAGCCACGAGCGCGAUGUGGGGGUGACCUGCACAGAUGCAGUGGAGCUGAGGCUGGCGGGCGGCAGCGGUCCCUGCGAUGGGAAGGUGGAGCUGAAGCUGCGGGGACGCUGGGGCUCGGUGGCGGACGACACGUGGGACAUGAUGGAUGCGGAGGUGGUUUGCCAGCAGCUGGGCUGCGGCUCGGCCACCAGGGCCUACAUCAAAGGCAGAAGCUACAGCAGCGGUGACCCCCCUGUCAACAUGGCACUGGUGAACUGCCGUGGGUACGAGAAAGCGCUUUGGGAGUGCGAGGUGAGGGGCUGGGGGCCCUAUGAAGGCUUCUACGUCUUCGACACCGGUGUCGUCUGCCAAGGCUUCUCCCGGCUGGUUGGUGGCGAUGGCCCCUGCGCGGGGCGGCUGGAGGUGCGGCAGGGCCGAGCGUGGGCCGGGCUCUGUGAGGAUGCUGUGGAGCUGAAGGCUGCCCAGGUCGUGUGCCGGGAGCUGGGCUGCGGCUCGGUGCUGGCUGUGCCCGGGGCCGGCCUGUUCCCGGCGGCAUCGGAGCCGCAAUGGGACGCAGGAUUCGAGUGCAGCGGCAGCGAGCUCCUCCUGAGCGCCUGCAGGCAGCGGGCACGGAGCGCCCAGGCCUGCAGCGGCCACGCCAGCAUCGUCUGCUCGUCCUACAGCGGCUUCCGGCUGGCGAACCACAGCUCGCGCUGCGCCGGGCGGGUGGAGGUGAUGGCAGGGGGGACGUGGGGGUCCCUCUGCGCCAGCGCCUGGGACCUGCCCGAUGCCCAUGUCCUCUGCCACCACCUGGGCUGCGGCCCUGCCAGCGCCGUGCUCCCGGGAGGCUCCUUCGGCAGCGGGAACGGGACCCUGCGCGUGGAUGCCUUUGGCUGCAGCGGCAGCGAGCAGCACCCAGGCCAGUGCCCCGUGGCGGUGCUGGGGGAGCCAAGCUGCCCCCCCGGGCACGCUGCUGCGGUCGAGUGCUCAGGCGCUGCCGAGCCCCUGCGGCUGCUGGAGGGGCAGAGCCGGUGCGAGGGGCGGCUGGAGGUCCCCACGAGCCCGGGCAGCUGGGCCGCUGUGUCCGCGGGGCUCCGGGCCCCCCAGGCGGCCACCGUGGCGUGCCGGGAGCUGGGCUGCGGCGAGCUGGAGCGGGUGUACCCCGUGGCGGGCCCCGGCGGCGUGGGGCUGCAGGAGGUGCAGUGCGCGGGCAGCGAGGACGCCCUGGCGCAGUGCAACGUCUCGGGCAGGGCCAGUGCUGGGAGCGGCGCUGGCGAGGCUCUGGCUCUUGUGUGCUCCGGCAGCCGGCGGCUGAGGCUGGCGGGGGGCCCUGGGCGCUGUGCCGGGCGUGUGGAGCUCUACGUUGAGGGCGCUUGGAGCCCCGUGUGCCAGGACGCGUGGGACAUCCCGGACGCCGCCGUCGUGUGCCGGCAGAGCAGGGGGGGGUCAUUGGUGACCCCGCUGCUCCUGCUGAGCGCUGCUGCU